AUGGAAUUCCACAUAAAAAAGCGCGACAAUUGCCGCAUCAACGAAGUAACCAAAAUUCUGAAACCAGUGAAAUUCGUUCCGAAUCGGUACGGUGAUCGUUUUAUUCCCCGACGUUAUGCCCAAACCAGUUCCACUCGUUUCAAGGCGGAAUGCAAAACCGAUCGGAAAACCGAUCUGAUGCGUAUGAAGGAGCGGAAAGGCUACUGGAAGUCCCAUUCCUUUGCGGCGAUGUUCAACGAUAUGUUCAAUCUGAAUCCGGACACGGAUAAGAUUCUUAACUUUCGAGACGCCACCAAUCAGGAGAUUUGCGAGAAGCUAAAGAUUAGACAACCGUUUGAAACUUAUAUGGAACCGACAUACAGAAAUGUACACAAAUUGGACUGGAGUUGUAAGCCGCGAUCGAAGCCCCUUUCCUUCAUCGAGUCAGUGCACGAUCUGCCACGAAUAAAGGUGGAGUACACGAACAUUAUCGACUGGUCGGCCAAAGGUCAGAUCGCAGCGAUCUUCAGUAAGAAGCUUGUUAUUUGGACUCCAAACACCGAAGAAACGAUCGCCUACUGUGCUCUUCGUACAACCGGUAUUGCGUUCAACCCAAUCGGGGACACGUUGGCUAUGGCAACCUUCUCGCUGUCGAGGCCAAUCCUGCGUCUGAUCAGCAGAUUUCAUCCGAACGUCAAGGCCAAUGUUUCGAAAUUGAAAGUUUUUGAAUAUAUCGAGUGUGAUAUUAGCUGCUUGACCUGGGACAGCACCGGACAAUUCAUCGCAUGUGGGCUGGGAAACGGGCAGAUCGUUAUCGUGCGUGCAAAGGAUUUCGAGCACACGAAUCGCGAUUGUGUUCUUCAUAGGCACAGUGCACGGGUCUUAGCAAUCAAGUACUCGCCAACAUCGAAAUACCUUGCAUCUUCAGAUGAGUCCGGCCACUUGUACAUCUGGAGCUGGAACAACUGCCAGCUGAGCCCGCUGACAGUCUGGGUCAGCAGCGACGAUGCUGCCCUCUUUGACUGGCACCCGUGGCGCGAAGACGAGAUCAUUAUCGCUGAUAUGGAACCCGUUACGAUCGCCCUGUUUCACGUUCCCAGUCGCAAGGUGCUCUCGUUCCAUCGCCGGCCGAACGCGGACUGCUACAUUACGGCCCUGGCAUUCAACAAAGUUUCCGGCGAGCUGGUGGUUUCCUAUUCGUAUCCUGGUGGUAAACUACCCGACAUUCUGGUGCUGGCGUCAAUGGACCGCGUGGUAGACGUCAUGGAGAAUCACGAAGAUAUGGUGGGACACCUUCUGUGGAGCCCGGACGGCAAACAACUAGCAAGCGCCGGCUACGACGAAGCGCUGACCAUUUGGAAUUUCUUCGGAAGCUCUCCGACCAACAAGAAAAUGAACCCACGACCCGCAACGACCGGCUAUCAGCAGCGAAACCGUAUCAAGGAACCGAUGGGCGGCUUCGAUUAUACCUUUCUCUACAAACCGAUCCGUUAG